GCUCUACUCGCUCUUCGGAUACCGCGCACCGCGCGCGUUCGCCUCGCUCGCCUCAGUCUUCAGUUUUGUAUUCGGUGUCGAGCUCGAUUACCGUUCGGCUAUUCGGCGGCGAGAAGGACGGUAACACGGUGACGGAUACACUCGCCACCUCGCCACGCCACGCCGCGCGUGCGUUCGAUCUUGGUCGCGAUUCGAGCCGGGCGCGCGUCCCUCAAGAUCCAUCGCUCCAUCUCCUCCUCGCCCCCGCGCGCGUGUUAUCGUCGAUCGCGCGAUCUUCGCGUAGGAUAUCCGAGACGAGCGCGACCGCCGGCGAGGAAUUCUCUCACCUUCGCGAGAUUCGAUCCGACGGGAGCCGGGAGAGUGGUUUAAAGCGCAUUGUGCCAUUGGUUGUCAAGUGGUUUAAAGAGAAACGAGAGAAAAAAAAGGAACGCACGAGUGGAACGACUCGACGAAGGAAAAAUGCUGCCGCCGCGAAUCCUCGGUCUCCUGGUGCUCCUUCUCGCCGUGCAGGGCUUGUGCAAACCGACUAAGAGUACAGAGGAACUGGAUUACGAGGAUGAUACUCCUUUCGACGACGAGGAAGAGGAGGACGAGGACGAAGAGGUUGACAAUACUGGCACCGCCGAGGCGCCUCCGCAAAUCUUAUCACAGGCAAUGAGCAUUCGCGUAAAAGCUGGAAGCACCGUUAAACUGCCUUGUCAGGUGACCCACACAGAAAAUUACGUGGUCGCGUGGCUGAAGGACGACAAGUAUCUGUACGUCGAAUCGGUGGCGCAUACCGAGGACUACAAGAGGAUCGUACGAUUGCCGGAUAACACCCUGGUGAUCUUUAACGCGUCGGUCGCGGACACCUCCAACAAUUACAAAUGCAGUAUCUUGCGGAAGCCCGACCCGAUAGAUUUGAUUCACCGUCUGCUGGUUGACGAAAGACCGCACCAAGAACCUGCGACCCCACCGCCGCAGCACUCGCACAAGGGGAUCAUACGCGUGAUACCCUCGAGGAAGGUCGAAGUGAGCCAGGGCCACAGUAUCAGGCUCGGUUGCGAGACUGACAUACAGCCGCCGCCCGAGAUCAAAUGGUUCAUCGAGAACAAGAAGGUGGAUGGUUACGAUCCCGACGUGAUCUUGGACGGAAAUUACAUCACGAUACACAGAGUGAACGAGUCUCAUAGUGGCAUGUAUCAAUGUCUCGCUGAGGAUGGUUCGAAGAUGCCGGCAAUGGAAGCGAUCACCGUCGUCGUGCAUUACAAACCUAAGAUCGAGGUGGAGAGAAGCAUAGUCUACAGCGGCGAGAGGAUGGAAUCGGAACUGACGUGCAUCGUGAGCGCCUAUCCCGAGGCAAUCGUAUCGUGGCAUAAAGACGGCAAGAUACUUACGCAUAAGAAAGGAUCGAUAGUGAUGCAUCACGGGAUAACAAUGAAGGGCAACAAGACCAAGCACGUUUUGAAGAUCUUGCAUACCUUAGUACGGGACUUCGGCGAAUAUAAGUGUCGCGCGCAGAAUACCGUUGGUCAUGACAUUAAAUCUAUUACCUUAACAGGAGUGCCCUCGCAAGCGAUGGUAUAUGGCGCCGAGAUGACCGAUGAUGAUGCAGGAAUUAUUCUGAAGUGGCGUCUGGAGAGUUACUCACCGAUCAGCGAAUACAAGUUACAGUAUCGUCGCAAGGGUGACCAGGAGUGGACGGUUGUCGAGCCUGAAGUCAAAGAUGGUAAAGAAAACCAAUUUCUCGUAGAGUAUCCGAUUCGAGAACUUCAGCCUGGAUCUUACGAGACGAUCCUAAAGGCUAGAAACGCAUUCGGAUGGUCUCUGGACUCAAAACCGCAUACCUUUACGGGGGAUUAUCCACCUGAUUUGGCGUUGAAAGAAGGAAAUUCGGCAACUGUUCGAUCUUCCGAAACUCUUCUAGCGUUGAUCCUAGUCGUUUUAUCUUGUGCCUUCACAAGCCUGCAACUCUUUACUUAAAUCUAAAGUACAUAGAUAAUUUGCUGCAGCCAAAGCAACACCAGCAAACGCCAUGGUGGAUUUAUUAGUGAAGGAACACUUAGGGGAGACAUAGCUCACGUACACAUUCUUGGUGCAAAUUCCCCUUCUUACUAGGAGAUAUAUUUUACGUAUUAUAUAUGUAACAAAAUCUUUUCAAACAUACGGGCAUUACCGAGACACAUUAAUAUACAAUACAGUUUGUUUAUAAAAUUUUGUGAUCAAUAUUGGCAUACAACUCGCCUAGGUGUUCCAUUAAGACGCCUUGUAAAUGAAAAAGAUGAGCAUUUUAAUUGUACUCCGUAAAAUCACGAAUAAUUAUUAAGGGAUAUUGUACUUUAAAAUAUAUACAUAAUUUAUAUAGCUUUAUCAUAUGCACAUAUACAUGCAUAUAUGACUUACGUACAUGUAUACGUGUGUAUGUGUACACAUAAUAUAGUAUUCACUAUACAUGCGUAAGUUCACAGAGACACAACAAUCAUAUUAUUAUAAUUUAUUUUUGUAUGCUUAAGAUUAUUAGAAACGUGUUCAAAGAAGUCGCUUGGUGCCAUGUACACGGGUCUACUACUUCCGAAAAAUUAUGUAUAGAAUCUGAUCUGCUGUCCACAAUGCACACGUGGAAAGAACAUGUACCUAAAAUAAUGUAGUAGAAGAGAAGUUAAUAUUAUAGGAACAUAUGCGAUAAUACAACGUGUAUAACCGAGUCGACGAAGAGCAUAAAGUUGGAAGCACUCAUACUGUAAGUCGUACAAGAAUUCUUCAUUAACAUUACGUCCCCCACGUUUCCGUAUGUUUGCUCCCAAAAAAAGCGAAUUUUUCUUUUUUUUUAUUUACUCCUACGUUUCUCGAAUAUGUAUAAUGUGAUGCGCGAGUAAUGAAUGUGACUGGAGCGAGUAUGCGAGAGAAUGACGUUCUGUAGUGUUUUCCACAAUAGUUUGCUAGCUUUUAGCGCUGAUAUGUUGUUAUAUUGAUUUAUAAUUAAUGUUAUAUGCGGUACUAUAAGUAACCAUAAUCGUAUAAGAAACUGCCCAUUUUAAAAACGGUGUGCUUGUCGUAAAUAUAUUACAGCGUAAUGAAAGCUCUUCUAAAGUAUUCUGAACAUUAUUUACACAACACAAUAAACCUAUGUAUGAUUUUAAUAUUAAAGACAAAGCAUCUUGUAUUUUAAAUAUUUAAAUAAUCGUAAAUAUGUAUAAUUAUAUUUGUGUAUUAUUGCAUGAUUACUACAAAAGUUA